CAGACCUGUUUUUCCCGUACAUCCAUUUUACACACCGCCUCUUGACUGCUCUACAAGCAACCACGGCUUUUCCUUGAGCAAAGCCACCUUUUUUCACCUUCAUUUUCGUCAUAUACACAUUCACAGUUAUGGCAAGAUAUUCUCAACCAUCCUUUGACUUCUACCAACAAUCCCCCUCCACAUUGGAUGCCAAACCGUCAUAUUCGGAAGAAGACGAGAUGAGUGUACUAGAUGACAAGAUUCUCGAUUCCACUUCCCCCGAUCUACCCUCCAAUGUAGCCGACCACCGGAGAACCUCAUAUGAUCAUGCACCCGAUGCAUUUGCGCAUCGAGAUUCCGUCUGGUCCGAUUUCUCCCACUCCGUCUCCAGCACACAGUCCCGCCACAACUCCCAAGUCGGCCACGCUUUCUUUGAAACCGCCCCCAAUCCUUUCAUGCGGGUAGACGGUGCUCAUCCAUCCGCAGCAUAUAGCCACCAGGCCUCCUGGCAGCUUGCAAAGGAAUCGGGCUCUUGCACUCCUACCGCCAUGUAUGAACACUUUCCCUCCGAGCUAGACCACACCUCAUCCGCCCCCUUCGCCGGGGGCGCCGUCGGUCCCGUCAACACUAUCAACAUCCCCUCCAUGUCGUACCGCCCCAGCAUGGCCUUCGCGCACCCUGCCACUGUGGCUAUGUCCCCACAGUCCAGUCAGGGGUGGAUGCCGGCUGCGACGGAUAUGCCUGAUGCGAUGUCGCGGCCAACCAAGAGCCCGACCUACCGCAACAGCUCUCCCUUGAGUAUGCGCCGGGAUGGGAUCCGGAAGAAGAACGCUCGCUUUGAGAUCCCUGCAGAGCGGACGCUGAGCAACAUCGACCAGCUGAUCAGCCAGUCGACCAAUGAGGAGGAGAUCAAGGAACUGAAACAACAGAAGCGGCUGCUGAGGAACCGUCAGGCUGCCUUGGAUUCGCGUCAGCGCAAGAAGCUCCACACCGAGAAAUUGGAGGAGGAGAAGAAGCAGUUCACCCAGGUCAUCAGCGACCUGGAGGAGGAGCUGCAAAACAUGCGCCUGCGUGAGGCUGAGCUCCUUCGCGAGAAGGGCGAAUGGAUGGUCGCCCAACAGGAAGUCAACCAGUACAUCAACACCAUGCACAUGGAGAAGGAUGAGAUGAUUCGGGUGCACACCUUGGAGACAGCUGAUCUUCGAAAGAAGAACAACAUCCUCAAGGAGACUGUGGAGAAACUGGAGAGACACGCGAGAGCCGCCCCCGCGAACCUGGCCACCGAGUUCUCGGACUUCGAGAACUUGACCAUGGAUAGCAGUCCUUGGGAGGACUUUACCAUGGUGAACGGCCUCUCUCUUGAGGCCGAGCCUAUUCCUACUGCGGCGGCACACUCCACGUCGUUGGUGGUCUCCACGAACGACAAGGAGAAGUCUGCGACCAGCGACUACCCCUUCAGCUGGAACGCCUUUUACAUGUGCCUGCUGUUCGGAGCCUUCAUUGCCUCCAACAGCACCUCGCUGUCGGCUCGCGCCAUGCCCCAGCUUUCGGAGGAAUAUCGCGCUGAGUCCGCGAACGUCCUUCGGGCUGUGUUGUCUUCCUCUCCGCCCGAGCUUGCUCAGGGCCAGGCCGCUAUGGCCUCCUCGUCGGCGAUGCCCAUGCCCACCACCAUCACUGGAGCCGAGAUGGCUCAGAUGACUGGCGCUGGGGCACCGUCCAACCUGGAUGAGCUCCACAACACGCUGGCGCUGCCCACCAAGCAGCAGGAACAGGAGCAGGUUUUUGCUCUCAAUGCCGACCAGUACAACUCCUUGACGACUUUUGAUGAUGCAGGUGUCGAUUACAAGCACCAGCAGCCCUCGAAUCUUCAGCAGGCGCUCGCUGCGAUGCGCAGUAACGUCGCCCACAAGCUUCCGAACAAGGCUACCUCUGAAGUCUACUCUCGGUCCCUGAUGUGGGACCGGGUUCCUGAAAAGGUAAUCCGAGACUUCAGACGCAUGGUUCAGGAAUAUGGUGUCGCCCCCGUAAAGGAGGAAGACUCCGGCUUCAGCCAGUAGUUAACCCGCGAUGCUUGGGUUGCACUGACCGCACAUCGCCCAUCUCAACUCGCUCUCUCUCUCUCUCUUUCUCCAUCAUGCCCAGACAAAACUUACCUUGCCUGCGUUCCUUCUGCAUCCACCAAGCAGCCUGAUCGAGUUUCUUGCUUCCACCUCCGCCUCUCUCUCUCUCUCUCUACGUCCUCUACAGACACCUUCUCUACUAGCACUUUGUGCCCACCGACACACGACUGUUGGCCAGAUUUAGC